AUGGGUUACGUUGCCAAUGAUGUCGAAACCGAACAGAUAGUUUCAGAGGCUCUUACCACGUCUUUCCAUGCACCUGGCCCAAGGCUCUUCUCCAGCCCGCAGUACACGUCCUAUGUACAGCACAGAGGAAGCAUUCCCCUCUACUGGACGCAAGACAACACAGGCGUAACCCCCAAGCCUCCGAUCGAGCUGAACCUGGUGGAUCCGUUCUACAGCGCUGCAGCCCUACACUUCGACAAUCUCUUUGAGCGGUAUGGCGCCCCAAUCUACGUCCUCAACUUGGUCAAAGCCAGAGAGAGAACGCCACGAGAGUCAAAGCUCCUGUUGGAGUACACCAAUGCGAUCAAUUACCUCAACCAGUUCUUGCCUGAAGGACGCAAAAUAAUCCACAAAGCUUGGGAUAUGAGCAGGGCCGCAAAAAGUCGCGAUCAAGACGUUAUUGGGACCCUGGAGCGCAUUGCCGAAGAUGUUGUUGUCACGACCGGAUUCUUCCAUGACGGCGACGGUAACAUCAAUCCAACCAGCGUCCAGAAUGGAGUGGCCCGGACCAACUGCAUCGACUGCUUAGACCGCACAAACGCAGCGCAAUUUGUUAUUGGGAAAAGGGCGCUCGGCCACCAGCUUCAUGCCUUGGGAAUUCUCGAGGACACAUCUAUCAAUUACGACACCGACGCCGUCAAUCUUUUCACGCAUAUGUAUCACGAUCAUGGUGACACCAUAGCUGUUCAGUAUGGCGGUUCCCAGCUUGUCAACACUAUGGAGACAUAUCGCAAGAUCAAUCAAUGGACUAGCCAUUCUCGCGACAUGAUUGAGAGUUUCAAACGAUACUACAACAACUCAUUCCUUGACGGACAGCGCCAGGAGGCCUACAACCUGUUCCUUGGAAACUAUAUCUUCGCCCAGGGACAGCCAAUGUUGUGGGAUUUGGCGACCGAUUACUACCUCCACCAUGCAGAUCCCCGCACAUGGUCCGAAAAGACUAAACGGGACUACAUCGAUUGGUUUACACCGGAGAAUCUACAGGAGCGCAAAUUCCCAGCCUACAGCCCACCUCCUGGCGAUGCGAAGAAGAUGCCCGUAUCCUUUUUUGACGACUAUUGGGUCGAGUACUACAGGCCAUCCACCCUUUCGUCAUUUCUCAAAAUGUUUCCGUACAAGAUGAAUUCUACCAUCAAAUAUAUACCGUUCAAAUCCACCCAAGACGGUCGAUAUGACCUGAGCCCUUUCAGAGUGCGCAAUGAGACCGACAUGGAUGCGCAUGAGAAAAAAAAGCCGAAGAAGGAGGUGACGAUCGUUGAUCCGCAGGACUAUCGGUCUCCGCCAGAUCUAGACGCAGCAUCUGUCAUAUCGGACCGAACAACAGGCGGUAAAGGAAUCUCGAUCCACCGCUGGUUGCAGCCGAUGCAGGAAAGGGUUGUUGGCCAUCAUGGAAUCAUGAAGGAGACGCAGGCGGAACCUCAGGGAUCGCCCAAGACGAAGCCCACAGCCCAGGAGAAGACAAAAGCAGCACAAUGGACAUUUACGAAGGUGGUCAACGAGUCUCUGAACCCGUCAGUCAGUCAACAAGAAGCCGAGGAUUAUGAGCGGUACAUCAGCCACCCACAGAAUCUGCCCUUGGUUGUAUCAGCCGAGGCACAGGCUGAGAACCAGUCUGAAUACCAGGAUUAUGUCCAGAGCAGCUGGCAAAGCGACCCGCUUACGCCUGUGGGUGCUGAGGAAGAUAUCGCUGUCUACACCGAGCUGCUCAAAAUUGGAAGCAACCCGCUCACAGUGACAGAGGAGGAUGCACAAAAAAAGCGAUACAAAGCGUAUAGAAAAUGGUUGCGCGGGAAGUCCUUCUUCAAGCAACAGCCUCUGGACUGA